GGGCCGGGUCUCCCGUCUCGGAGCCGGGUCCCCCCUCUGGGAUCCGGGUCCCCCCUCUGAGGGCCUGGUCCCUCCUCUGGGGUCCGGGGCCCCCUCUGGGAUCGGGGUCUCCCCUCUGGGGUCCGGGGCCCCCUCUGGGAUCGGGGUCUCCCCUCUGAAGGCCUGGUCCCCCCUCUGGGACCCGAGUCCCCCCCUGGAAUCCACUUGCAUGUCUUGGGGCUGUCUCCUACCUGGGGCUCAGGUGACGGGGCUGGGCCCCUCAGUGAGCUCCUGCACGGCCUGUGCUGCUCCUGCCAGCCUGGGGGCCGGGCACCGCGGGCACCUGGACUUCACCAGGCUGGCGCUGGUGCCAGGGCCCACGUGUGUGCCAGCCGUCACCUGGUGCUGAGGCCGGGCAGUGGGGACACCCAGCAGAACCCUGACCCCGCGUGGGGCUGUGCUCUGAGAGCACGGGAGGGCUGACUGUGCCUGGCAUGACCCUCCACUUCCUUCUCAGUCGGAGCAGUGUGGUCAGCAGGGCAUGCCCACUUCCACACCCUUGUCAAGUCCCUGUGUUUCCCUAGUGCUGCCCAUGGGUCAGCAGCUUGAGGCUGAGAGGGCAGGGAUGCCGGCGGGAGCCCCCAUCUCACAGGCGAGGGCAGGGAUGCAGGCGGGGGCCCCGAUCUCACCGGUGAGGGCAGGGACGCCGGCGGCCAGCAAGGAGAACAUGUUCUGGGGCUGCCUGCAUCCUGGCCUUUUCGAGGGCCCGUUUGUCCCUGGACCCGGCCCUGGCACGCCUGCAGGCAUUCCUGUUCCUUCGACGCUCAGGUCUUCGCUGUCUCCUGUCCCCACUGGGUGACUCUCCGGCUGCACACGGCUGUAGCACACUCUGCAGAGCGCCCAGCACCACCAGCCGCACAUGGCUGGGAGGAGGUCGGCAGGCAGGCAGCCGCUGCUGCUGGGGCUGCUCCUGUCUGUGGCUGCUGUUCACCUGGUCGUCUGUCCCUACACCAAAGUGGAGGAGAGCUUCAACUUGCAGGCCGCACACGACCUGCUGUUCCACCGGCUGGCUGUGGACAAGUUCGACCACCUCGAGUUCCCGGGGGUUGUGCCCAGGACCUUCUUGGGGCCACUGCUGCUGGCAGUGCUGGCCAGCCCUGUGGUCUCGGUGCUGUCCCUGUUGGAGGUGUCCAAGUUCUACUCCCAGCUCGUAGUUAGAGGAGCCCUUGGACUUGGCGUGAUCGGGGGCCUCUGGUUGCUGCAGAAGGAAGUGAGGCGGCAGUUUGGGGCUGCGGUGGCCACCAUGUUCUGCUGGGUGACGGCCUCUCAGUUCCACCUGAUGUACUACUGCACACGGACGCUGCCCAACGUGCUGGCCCUGGCUGUGGUCCUGCCGGCCCUCACGGCCUGGCUGCAGCACAGGUGGGCCCGUUUCGUCUGGCUCUCGGCCUUCGCCAUCAUCGUCUUCAGGGCGGAGCUGUGCCUGUUCCUGGGCCUCCUGCUGCUGCUGGCCCUGCGCACGAGGAAGCUGUCUAUGGCCAGGCUGCUCCAGCACGCGGUCCCCGCCGGCUGCCUCUGCUUAGGACUCACGGUUGUUGUGGAUUCUUAUUUCUGGCAACACUGGGUCUGGCCGGAGGGCGAGGUGCUCUGGUACAACACCGUCCUGAACAAAAGUUCCAACUGGGGAGUUGCCCCGUUCCUGUGGUACUUCUACUCCGCCUUGCCCCGCGGCCUGGGCUGCAGCCUGCUGCUCGUGCCGCUGGGCAUGGUGGACAGGAGGGCCAGGCUGCUGGCUCUGCCCAGCCUGGGCUUCGUGGCGCUGUACUCACUGCUUCCACACAAGGAGCUGCGCUUCAUCCUCUACACCUUCCCCGUGUUCAACAUCGUGGCCGCCAGAGGCUGCGUUCAUCUGCUCAACAAUUCCAAGAAGUCUUGGCUGUACAAGGCAGGGUCCCUGCUUGUGAUCGGACACCUCGUGCUCAACGCCACGUACGCAGCCACGUCCCUCCACGUUUCCCAUUUCAACUAUCCUGGUGGGGUCGCGAUGCAGCGGCUGCAUGAGCUGGUGCCCCCCAGGACAGAUGUCCAUCUGCACAUUGAUGUGGCUGCCGCCCAGACAGGUGUCUCACGGUUCCUUCAGCUCAACAGCGCCUGGAGCUACGACAAGAGGGAAGAUGUGUGGCCAGGGCAGGUGGGCAUGCUGACCUACACCCACCUGCUCAUGGAGGCUGUCCCCGAGCACCUGGCCCUCUACAGAGACACACACCGCAUCCUGGAACACAUCCUGGGCACCACAGGUGUGAGCCUGAACCUGACCAAGCUGCCCCCUUUGGAUGUGAAGCUGCAGCCAAAGCUGGUACUUCUGGAGCGGCUGCCCAGGCCGUCCUGAAGGGGCACUGGGUGCCUCUGCCACAACCGGAACACAGAGCCAUGUGCCCAAGCUCUGGCAUCUGCCCAUCACUGCAGGGCUGGGGACUGUGUACA